AGAAUAAACAAAGAUAAUAAAACUAGGUGUUAAAAUUGCACACAAUAGGGUGAAAUAAGAAGUUGCGGAAAUAACAGUUACAAUUAAAAAAAAAAAGUGUAUAUGUCGAACUUACGACAUUGUGUUCAGCUAUAGGACAAGAUACACGUGUGAUACAUCUUUCGAUGACAUAUCAGAACUUCAAGUUCUUCACAAUCGCCGUUAGUAGUACUAAACUAUUAAUUGUUUUUCAUAUAAGAAUACAAAAAUUAAAAAAAAAUGAAUCCGGACAAACUUUUGACUUCUUUCGAAGGCAAAGAUAGAAAGAGAUCCCACAGUAAAGUAGAACUUGAAGUGGAAGUUGAUAAAACAAAACAGCACGACUACGAUGUGCCGAUACGAAACAAAAAGACAAAAGAACAACAAACAAUAAAAAAUAUUCUUGACUUCCCAGAUGAAGUUCUUUUAUGUAUAUUUAAAAAUGUAACCCCAAACGAUUUAAAUAAUCUCCGAUUAUGUUGCACAAACUUUGCAAGACUAGCGGCAGAUAAAUUUUUAUGGAUUUUAGACUAUCGCAAAGAAACUAUUCUUCCGUCUCAAAUGAAGCCGUAUAAAACCUUCUUAAAACCAUUAACAUACAGCUUAGCAAUACGUGGAGAUUUCAAACAUGGCAAUAGAAAUAUUCUUUCACCUUAUUUUUUUUUUAAACUACGACAAAUAUGCCGAAUACUUCGCACAUUGAUUAUCGAACAGUAUUAUAUUCUUAUAACUAAGGAUACGUUAGAGACGUCAACAACUCUUGAGAACCUUGAAUUUAAAAAUUGUAUUGUAGCUGGUGGUACUUUUGGUGAUGUCAAAUUGUUUUCGCCUCCUUUUUUCCCUGGAAUAUGUAGGUUCGUACCCUACAUAAAACAUUUGAUCUUUAACAAUGUUCUGUGGGAUCUGCAAUCAACAUUUUUGACAAGUAUAUGUACACUUACAGAACUUCAGAAACUUGAAGUAAUUUCAUGUUUUCGUAUAAAGUACUUUUAUCCAGACAUAGAUUUAUUUAUCAAUAUCCCUUGUAACUGCCAAAAGCUUGAGCCUCUUCUUGCCGAAAACAGAGUUGAAGAAAUAAUCGCUUGCAGGGACAAUUUGUUUCCAAACUAUUUGUUGUCAAAUAUUAGUCGCUAUAUAAGUAGAUGUACUAAUUUGAAGAUAUUACAUAUAAGACAUUAUUCGCAUGUUACUAGAACAGAUAUCAAUAUUAUGGCUUUGACAUUACCAAACUUGGUAGAGUUGGAUAUAACUGGUUGUACUGUAACUUUGGAGGAUAUUAAACACUUUAAAUCACAAAGACCUAAUGUUAACACUUAUUCAUCAUUUAGUACACAACAUAAACGAUAUGUGCCUAAGAGUAAAUGAGUAUUCAGACGACGUUAAUGUGACAUAGAUUAUAAAAGAAAUGAGUUAAAAACGAAACUUGUUUCAUAUCCCGAUAAAAAGUAGUACUUGAUAGUGCAAUUAUCUGAGUAAUUAUAAUGAAACUGUAAUUAUCGUACCUGAAAAAAGUAAUUAAACAAGAAUAUCACAUUUACGUGUAAUUGUAAUAAUUGUAACUGCAUUUAUAAUUAUUACAAAACUUUGUAACAUCUUAAGUUAUUUUAAUAUGAGAACUUGUAAACUUAUGAUGUUAAAACGUA